UAUGUUCUGCGCCUGCUUGCAGGCUUUUUCCUUGUUUCGCUCUCUAAAACCUUCUCUCUCUCUCUUUCCAAUAUGCACUGAUUUCUUCUAUUGAGAAAUCAAGAUUCUAUACUACUUGGAUUUUGCGCGUAUUGAUCCAUAUCUGGACAGGACGGCUUCAUUUACAUCCUUUAGAUUCUCGUUACCUUCUUUAACACGCUCAUUAAUCAGUCGGUCAAUCGAAUCGAUUAGUCUCUCGAUCGGAUCAUCACUGCUGUCUUCACUGAAAUAACCAUGUGGAGGUUCAAACCAUUCAUGCAAAAAGAACCAACAGGGCUUGAAGGUCGCUGCAUUGAUGUUGGAAAUCUUAAAAUUCAUGUCCAAAAAGCCUUUGCUGAGGGAGGGUUCUCAUGUGUUUACUUUGCUCGGGAUGCUGUACAGCCAUCGAAACAGUAUGCUUUGAAGCACAUGGUAUGCAAUGAUGAGGAGUCACUUGAACUUGUGAUGAAGGAGAUCUCUGUGAUGAAAUCGCUUAGAGGCCACCCCAAUAUUGUCACACUUCAUGCACAUUCUAUCUUUGACAUGGGCAGAACAAAGGAAGCUCUCCUUGUGAUGGAAUUUUGUGAGAAGUCUCUGGUCAAUGUCCUUGAAAGCAGAGGAGCUGCAUAUUUUGAUGAGAAACAAGUCAUUUCAAUUUUCCGAGAUAUUUGUAAUGCAGUUUUUGCAAUGCACUGCCAGUCACCACCUAUAGCUCACAGGGACCUUAAAGCUGAGAAUCUUUUAUUGGGGCACGAUGGAUUAUGGAAGUUGUGCGAUUUUGGUAGCACUUCUACCAAUCACAAGAUCUUUGAGAAGCCUGAGGAAAUGGGAAUUGAAGAGGACAACAUACGGAAGCACACUACACCUGCCUAUAGAGCCCCUGAGAUGUGGGAUCUGUUCCGGAGAGAUCUUAUAAAUGAGAAAGUCGACAUAUGGGCUCUAGGAUGUCUUCUUUUUCGUAUUUGCUACUUCAAAAAUGCAUUUGAUGGAGAAUCCAAGCUGCAAGUCUUAAAUGGGAACUACCGGAUACCAGAGUUACCCAAAUACAGCUCGUCUGUUACCGUCCUAAUUAGAGACAUGCUUCAAGCUUCGCCACAUGACAGACCAGAUAUCACGCAGGUGUGGUUUCGUGUCAAUGAGCAAUUGCCUGCUAAUAUGCAAAAGUCAUUACCUGAUAGGCCUCCUGAAAUGAAGUCUACUGGCAUUCAUGAAGCAGGUAUUUCCAAGCCUACUGAUAGGUCGCCUUCCAUGCCGCAAAGAAGCCCACCACCCCCGCCAUCAUCUGGAGAGUCAUCCAGAACUACGUCUUCUGGGAUGGGGAGUGGUGGAGGGCUUGGUGCCUUUUGGUCCACUCAGCAUGCAAAAGAUUCUCGUGUUUCUGAAAACACGAGCAACCCUAAAUUUGAUGAAGAACCAACUAGCCAUAAUACAUUAAAACUUGAUAAAAGCCGACCAGAAAAUCAUCCUUUACCUAAGAACACCAGCCAUGCAAGAGAUGACGAUGCACACUCUCAUGCUACACGUAGACAUUCGCUUGGUAAAUCCCAUAAGCCUGUGGAUGGUCCUUCAAAGGACUUUGAAAGAACAUUUUUGCAGAAAGACAUCGAGCGUGGUACAGAGAAGCCAGGAUCAUUGAAGAGCGAUGGGGCUACUGUUUUUCAAGACGAGGCUUUUAACACAUUUGUCUCUGAAUUCAAUGCAAGUAAUGUCAACCUUGGAAUGAGUAACAACAGACCAGGAAAUGAAGAAGCAUUGGAGGCUGAAAUAGAGAGUCUGAGAGAUCAGCUGAAGCAGGUAAACUUAGAAAAGGCUGAAAUAACAUCCAAAUUUGAUAAGCUAUCUGCCAUUUGCCGAUCUCAAAGGCAUGAGAUACAAGAGCUGAAGCAAGCUCUUGCUGCCAGAACUCCAUCGCCAAAUAAAGACGCUUCAAAAAAUCAAACCUCAACUGGAGUUCGACCAUAUUCAACUCCCCAGAGGGAGAGUGAUGGAUGGAAUUCCCCAAAUCCUGUGCCGUGGAAAGCUUUUGCUGAUGAUCCAAAACCAUUGCAGCAACCUCUUUCCCAGGACAACUCACCUCAUUCUGUCAGGACCAGAAAUGGUCACUCUGAUAAGCAGACUGCUCAAGUAGCUUCGAAUUUUGAUACAUGGGGUUUUGGAACUGACAAUUUUGCUGCUAACCCCACAGCCAGCUCCCAGGGACUGAGACCUAAUAACGAACGAAAUACUUUUCAGGGCAUUGGUGAGUCAAAGAUUACGGAGAGCCAACCAACUACUCAACCUGCUGGAUGGGCUGGUUUCUAACACUAUUUGGGAGGUGACGAGGAUUUUGGUGAGACAUGAUUAAUUACUUGGGGCUCUUGGUUGAACUGAUGAGGAUAAGGAGAGCUAAAAUUGCAUGGUGUUUUGAUUUUGGAUUUCGGCUGUCUAUUUCUGUAAAUCCAUUGAAGCAAUAGAGGAUAUGAACAUGUUAUGGACCAGCCAUCUAUGAUCGUAUACUUUGUUGGCUGUCUCAAUUGUUGGAUAAAUAUAUUGAUCUUUUUUAUUUUGGUGUG